CGCCUCUCCUACGCCCGACGCGGGGGAUGUUACCAAGACGCCGCAUAGCCCAGUAAGCACACUGAAUGUCAGGAGUAUCUUGAGCCCUAUCCGCAGUUUUGUAUGCGACUCGGAUGUGGGGCGAAUUACGCAUGCCGCGUUCGAGCGCUCGAAGGCUGGGGCACAUAAAGGUAGCUUCGUCCUGUCGAGAGCAUCAGACCCUCAGAGCUCGUAACCUCCCCUACUAUGGCAGACGCGCAAACGGUCAAACCAGCAUCAUCAACGGCGACGGUGGUGGACGCGGACGAUGAGCUUCGCGCCCAGUAUGCACACUUCGACCGGCACAUCAAUCGCUUGUCGCGUCGGCGCGUACCCAGUCCCCUCAAGGAUAUCUUGCAAUUCAUCAGCCUGGAUGGAAUGAUCAGUCUGGCGGGAGGUCUUCCUCAUUCCAGCUUGUUCCCCUUCGAUUCCGUGCACGUGUCUACGUACGACUCCGCGACGCGCAUGGCGAUGAAUCCGUCAGAGAUUGCGAAGGUGGACGUCUGCGUAGAAAAGCAGCCAUCUAGCCAUAGCACAGACCUUCGAACCACGCUGCAGUAUGGUCCCUUCAACGGCAUCAAGCCUAUCAUGGACUGGAUGCAUGCAUUCGUCGAGCGCGUGUAUGCGCCAGGCUAUGCAGGCUGGCAGUUGCUCAUGGACGGCGGAAGCACGGAUGGCUGGGCGAAGGUCGCUGGCAUGUUGCUUGACGAGGGUGACACCAUCCUCGUUGAGACACACACGUUUCCCUCGAGCCAGGCGCUUUGGGUACCGAUGGGAGUCACCGCAGUGCCUAUCGACAUCGACAUGUACGGCUUGGUUCCCGAGGCUCUUGCUCGUACGCUAGACAACUGGGAGGCCAGACGCCCGAACGAGCGCAAACCAAAGACGCUUUACUGCGUUCCGGUGGGGCAUAACCCGACAGGAUCAACGCUCGCUGCAGACCGCAAACAAGAGAUAUACGAGAUCUGCGUGAAGUACGACAUCAUCAUUGUCGAAGACGAUCCGUACUACUUCUUGCAGCUACCCCAAUACCAGCCUGGCGGCGACCGUGCCCUACCCCUCGAGGGCCCCACCCCCGACGCUUUCCUGGCCGGCCUCGUCCCCACCUUUCUGCACUUCGACCGCGAGGGGCGUGUCAUCAGGCUCGAGACGGUCAGCAAGACGCUCGCGCCGGGCUUUCGACUGGGAUUCAUCAUCUCCAACCCCUUCUUCCACGAGCGCUUGGGACGCGCGACGGAGGUGCUGACGCAGACGGCGUCUGGCUGGAGUCAGGCCGUAUUUUGCGAACUUGUGCAUACGUGGGGGCAGGAUGGAUAUGUUCGCUGGCUUGCCGGUAUCAGCGAAACGUAUACUGUGAGGCGGAACUGGAUGUGUGAUAGUCUCGCUGUGCACUUCGAUGUAGACUGGGACGAGGUGAGCUCAGCGGGCGUUCAAGCAUAUCAAAAGGGGACGCAGCGCACUCAGCGCCUCUUCCGCUUCGUGCCGCCAAGCUCGGGGAUGUUCCUCUGGAUCGAUGUCGACUUGCGCGCGCACCCUGCAUGGGAUAGGAUAAGCGCCCCCGAUACCCUGGGCUUGCCGGGUGAAGAGGUGUGGGCGACUGCAUUCUGGCGGAAGCUGCUCGACGCGCGGAUAUUGCUCGCGCCCGGGACGUAUAACAAACCGUGGCAAGGGGAGGGGAGAUCUGCGAUGGCGAACGUACCGGGGCAUGCCUUCUUCAGGCUCACAUAUUCGUCGACGCCACAGGAGGAGAUGGAUGAAGGAAUCCGUCGGAUGGCGCAGGUCUUCCGAGAAAACUGGUCGGCGUGAGGUGUAGCAUGUCGAUAGUUUAUAAGCAGAAAAUAGUCUAAUUCAUUGCUGUCGUCUAAGAUUCAUGGCCAUACAG